CGAGCGGGACACCUCGGGCUGCGCUGCCCCGGGAGCGGAGCAUUGCACAUUGCUGCCAGGAGCUGCUCCGGGGGGCUGUAUCGGAACCCGGGCACCCGACACGAAGGUCAGAGGCACGCCGCUCCUCCCCCGACCUGCCCAGGUGCUGUGAGUGCUCGGAAAGGCGCUCCCGGGAGCUCCCCGGCUCGCAGCUCCCCGCUGGGAGCCAUCUGCCCCGCGCCUGGCGCAGGAAGCGCGCCUCCCGCACUCCUCCUUCCUUCCGCUCUGCCCCGCAAGCGGCGCUGCCCCGAGAGGAGCCCAGAGCUCGGGGUGUUUGAAAUAAAAACCGAGCGGUAUCGCCCCUCCGGGCUAGAGUGAGGAGGAAGGCUGUCAGUCCGAGGGGCUCGGUCCUCUCCUCCUCCUGUGCCCAUCGCAUCUCCCAAGCGGACCAGCCGGCCCUGCCUGGCUGCUCCCCUCCCUCCCCCUGCCCGGGAGCCGGGUUUGGGGCUGGGGGAGGCGGUGCCCACCCCUCCGCAGGGCCGGCGGGAGCGGUGGCUCGGCAGCCCGGGGCUGCAGCCCGCCCGGGCUGCCCUGCCCUGCGGGAGCAGGUUUCUUUGUUGGCUGCCGGGUGACUGGUUCCCAUUAAUCUCCCGCACUGGUCGUGGCCGUCUCCACUUCCUGCCUUUGCAUACUUUUCUCUCCCUCGAUCUCAGUCCCUUCCCACCCCUCUCCCUCCCCCCUUUCUUUCCCUCUUCCCAGCUUCUCCAAAAAAGCUACAACCGCCCGGGCUGCGGGACGGGGGCUGCAGGCGGCCGGCGAAGGGAGCGCAUCCCUGCGCACCUCGAAACAUGAAAGAAUACAGGAAGUCCUCCAUGACCUUAUGAAUACCUGCGCUAAUUAAGUCACUGGCUUGGUACUGGGAGAACAGCAAGAUAAUAACACAGAGUUUUGUCUGGGAAAUACAAAUCUGAGAAUGGAGUGGAAAGGGAAAUGCUCCAAAUUUCAGAUCUCCACAUUUCUAGAAAGCAGAAAUGACCAUGACUGCCAACAAGAACAGCAGUGUCAACAGCAGAGCUGGAGGGAGUAAAGUGCCUCAGGACACUCUGGAUAGGUGCCAGUCAGCCAGUCCGCCACCCCUGCUGUCCCCUCAAAGGAGCCCUGCCUACCCCCUCAGCGACAGUGAGGACUCCUCCCGCUCUGCUGGGCUCUCCAGAGUCUCCAGCUCCAGGCUGUGCCUCAAGGACUGGAACAGCCGCACGUCUACACUGCGCAGCACCUCCACCAGCCCCUCGGACACCGACUCGCCGAGCCGCCCCCUCAAAGCCAUCAGCGUGGGUGCUCUGGAUAAAAGGCUGUCUGUGUUCAAGGCUGACCAAAAGGAGAGUCCAAAUGAGGGCCAAGAUGGGGAAGCAGUAGGGAGCCAUCCGCUCACCCGGAGCACUCUGUCCUUGGGCACUGCCAGCAAACUGAGGACCCUCUCUACCAGCAGGGUGAGCGUCCGCUCGCAGACGCUGGACAUUAGGCAGAAGAUCACAGAAUGGGAGUGCCGCCGGGAGCUGUCCCCCAGGGCCAGCGUGUGCAUGGACAAGAGGGAUGCUGGGGAGAGGUCGGGCAGUGAGAGCUGCCCCAGCGUGCUGACCUCUCCCUGCAGCGACAAGACAUUUGAUUUCAAAGGAUUCAGAAGAAUGAGUCGAACAUUUUCCGAGUGCUCGUACCCAGAAACGGAGGAGGAGGAACUGCUGGACAGGGAUUCCUGCCAUCGGUUUGAAAAGAGACUGGGCAGGAGCGAACCUCCUUCUGCCACUUUCCUUAAGAGCCAUGUGAGGAAAGAGUCCUCUGCUGUGCUCAACAGAAUCCAGAAGAUUGAGCAGGCACUGAAGGAGCAGUCAGGCAGAGGCCUCCCCCAGUUACCGAGCAGCUGCUACAGUGUUGACAAAGGGAGAAAAAAGUCUGGGACUCUGCCUGCUGUGGAGGGACUGAGUGAAACCCCAAGUGAUAGCAAAGGCGGGGGUGUUAUUUUGGGGAGUGAACCAGAAACCCCUCCUGAGGCUGAGAAAAGUAGUAAAACAAAACAGGGUGUUGCUGCGAGCUCAGCAGGCCCCAGAGCGCUCCUGGACAGCGCGCCAAACAGCGCCGUGAAUCCCGUCCCCAAGCCCAAACGCACCUUUGAGUACGAGGCAGACAAGUCCCACAAGAGCAAACCGAGCAAUGGCCUACCUCCAUCUCCCACAGCUGCUGCUCCUCCUCCCCUCCCGUCCACGCCCGCGCCCCCCGUGACCAGAAGGCAGAAGAAGGAGUCGCGCUUUCACCGAAAAUCCCAGAACAGAAAAUCCUUUGAAUUUGAGGAUGCCUCAAGCCUGCACUCCCUGUACCCUCCCUCCCCGACUGAAAAUGGAACCGAGAGCCAGCAUAAAUUUGGAUCCAAGAGCACUUUAGAAGAAAAUGCCUAUGAAGACAUUGUAGGCGAGUCACCCAAGGAAAACCCGUACGAGGAUGUGGAGCUGAAAGGGAAAGGCCGUCACGGGGGGCGAAAAUCCCAUCAGCCGUCCGAGAACUCCCUAGAUUCCCUGCACAGGAUGUGGACGCCGCAGAACAGGAAAUACACGGCACCUCCGCAGCUGCCCUCGAAGGUCAGCAGCCACUCCAUGCGCGUGGGGAACUGGUCGGAGAGGAAGAGCCACCGGCUGCCGCGGCUGCCCAAGCGGCACAGCCACGAUGACAUGCUGCUGCUGGCCCAGCUGGGCAUCCCCUCGUCCCCCUCCAGCCUCACCGAGGACAGCCUGAGCACCGCCAGCGAGCUGCUGUCCACGCGCCGCGCCAGGAGGAUCCCAAAGCUUGUCCAAAGAAUCAAUUCCAUCUACAGUGCAAAAAGAGGGAAAAAACGGCUGAAGAAACUUUCUAUGUCCAAUAUUGAGACCGCAUCCCUACGAGAUGAGAACAGCGAGAGUGAGAGUGACUCAGAUGACAGGUUUAAAGAGCUCCCAAAGUUCCAACACAGGAGCAUGAACGCGGAAAGCAAGGACAAAAUGGGCUGUGAAGAUCUAACAAGGAUUUGGCAACUGUGUCACUUAAUGAAGAACAGGACCUUUGAUAGAUUGGCUUUGUCAGCCACUUCAGAGAUGCUGAUCUAUUCCAGACUGACUACUGGGUGCAGGCUUAGAGGGAUGGGACUGGAUAAAGCUCACACCCAGCGCCUUGUGCACAUCCAGUCAAUGCUGAAGAGGGCUCCAAGCUAUCGAACCCUGGAGCUGGAGCUGAUUGAGUGGCAGGAGCGGGAAUUAUUUGAGUAUUUUGUGGUAGUGUCCCUGAAAAAGAAGCCCUCUAAAAACACUUACCUCCCAGAAGUGACAUACCAGUUUCCCAAGCUGGAGAGGCCGACCAAGCAGAUGCGGGAAGCGGAGGAGCGCCUCAAGGCCAUCCCACAGUUCUGCUUCCCUGAUGCCAAGGACUGGCUCCCUGUCUCUGAGUACAACAGUGAGACCUUCUCUUUCAUGCUGACUGGGGAGGACGGGAGCCGGCGCUUCGGGUACUGCAGGAGGCUCUUGCCCAAUGGAAAAGGCCCACGCCUACCUGAAGUUUACUGUGUCAUCAGCCGCCUGGGGUGCUUUGACUUAUUUUCUAAGAUCCUGGAUGAGGUUGAAAGGAGAAGGGGAAUAUCUGCUGCCCUGGUUUAUCCAUUUAUGAGAAGUCUGAUGGAAUCUCCUUUUCCUGCACCUGGAAAGACAAUCAAAGUCAAAACCUUCCUGCCUGGAGCUGGAAAUGAGGUCAUCGAGCUGCGGAGGCCCAUGGACUCCCGCCUGGAGCACGUGGACUUCGAGUGUCUCUUCAGGUGCCUGAGCGUGCGGCAGAUCAUCCGCAUCUUCGCCUCGCUCCUGCUCGAGCGCCGCGUCAUCUUCGUGGCCGACAAGCUCAGCACCCUGUCGAGCUGCUCCCACGCUGUAGUGGCCCUGCUGUACCCCUUCUCCUGGCAGCACACCUUCAUUCCUGUCCUGCCCUCGUCCAUGAUUGACAUCGUGUGCUGCCCUACCCCCUUCCUGGUGGGACUGCUCUCCAGCUCUCUGCCCAAACUCAAGGAUCUGCCCGUAGAGGAGGCUUUGAUGGUUAACCUGGGAUCUGAUCGAUUCAUCAGACAGAUGGAUGAUGAAGACACACUAUUGCCUAGAAAAUUGCAAGCUGCUCUGGAGCAGGCUCUAGAGAGAAAGAAUGAACUGAUAAAUCAGGAUUCAGAUAGUGAUUCAGAUGAUGAAUGUAACACCCUGAAUGGAUUAGUGUCUGAGGUUUUUAUCCGAUUCUUUGUGGAGACAGUUGGCCAUUAUUCCCUGUUCCUAACCCAGAAUGAAAAAGGAGAGCGUGCCUUCCAAAGGGAGGCUUUCCGUAAAUCUGUGGCCUCCAAGAGUAUCCGCCGCUUCUUGGAAGUUUUCAUGGAAUCCCAAAUGUUCGCUGGCUUCAUCCAGGACAGGGAGCUGAGGAAAUGCAGGGCUAAAGGGCUCUUCGAACAGAGGGUGGAACAGUAUUUGGAGGAGCUCCCGGACACGGAACAAAGUGGAGUAAACAAGUUCCUGCGAGGCCUCGGUAACAAAAUGAAGUUCCUUCACAAGAAGAACUAGCUCCUUCCUGCUGAAACACCAACCCAAAACCUAUUUAUGGCACCGUGCGAGACACCUGCGACGCUGGAGUGCAGAGUGGGAGGGGAGUGGAGCGAGCUGAGGCAGCUCUAGGAGACGAUCCAUGGAUGCUGUGUCAGUGUGCCACGUAAUGGCUCCUCCGUGUUUUUGGGCAGAGUUUGUACAUAAUGUGCUGUAAGCUUUUGUAACUGAUUUUGUAAUGAGCAAGAAAACUGUGGUAAAUAUUUGUAUAUUCCUGAGAAUACCAGGUGCUUGUUUUUUUUCUUUAGUAUGAGUUGAGUUAUGCUUGGUGCAAAAACGAGUAGCUGAUUAUGUGCAGCUGACUGUCUCAGCAGAACCACUGACUCCAAGGGGUGUUUGAUGCCUGAACACUGCGGGGUGAAUGAGCUGGGGUACAUGGGAGAGGUUGUACGCACGGGGCUGCUCUCGUGCGGCACAGGCGCUUGUCUGUCUGUCUGUUUCCUUCAAACUGAUUUUAAAGGAGAAAUAACAAAGUAACUUGAUAAUAAGGUACUUGGUUCACAUUGCAGAACCUCCACUUGGUUUGAACUCUGGUCAGUAAACUCCGUAUAACCCACUGUGCACUAAGAUGCUAAGCCUGGGGAGAUCCCAGCUCUCUGACAUGCAAGCUGCAGCGAGUAGGUACAGUACAGCCUUUCCUAGUGUAUGUAUGUAUGGAUCCUAAUAAACUCUGUAAAUAGACCUGUUUGUUUAUAUUCAUUGCAAACCUCUGCACUUCCUCAUGUGGAGCAGGUACAAACACAGCAACUCACCUGUGAUUUUUAAAUGAAUUUGUAAUUAAAAUGUAAAGUGGAUAUUACAAACCUCUCUUUCGGUAGGUUUGUUGUUUUUGUUUUUACUUUGGGGUUUCUUCAGUGUUUUUCACCAGAGCUAAGACAAGACAUUUUAUAUCCCUUUUUAAAAAAUUUUAUCCUAACAGAAGCAUCUGUUAAAACAUUUUUUCAUGGGUUAGCAGCAAAUGAUUUUAUCUUUGUAUCACAGAUACUGCUCCUGACCUGUGGUAUUUGCAGUUGGCUUUGUGCUGUGCGUGGUGCUCAAGUGUCACAUUCUUACUUGAUCUAGAAACAACUCCUGGUGAGGUUGCAGAAGUUUUCUCAUAGUCUGAAGAAGAAAAUAUUUAAAAAAAUAUAAAAUGCUUCAGAUCUGACAGAUAAUGAAAAUUAGCUGAAGCCUCUUACCUGCAAAGGAAACCCACCACACUGGUUUUUGUUGUUCUCAGCGUGACUGCUGUAGUUAGAUGGGCUUUGAGGCUUGCGCAGUUCCUAACCUGACAGUGGUUCUGGUUUGCUAUCAGCCUCAUAGAGCAAAUUCGAGGGGCAAUUCACUGAAAAGGUGAAGUCGUUUCCUUUUUCAGUUACCUCCCUCACACUCCAAAAUCCACAAAAGCUUCUUAAGUGUACAUGAAAUGUCAGUGAAAUGCCAGGUGCUUUUGCUACAGAGGAAAUGUCACCAAAACUGGUAACUUCCAUUAGUUUUACUCUGUGAUACGCUCCAAGUUCCAGAAUGAUUGCUAGAUAUAAUUCUUGAGAGUGGAAGGAGUAACGUCACUUGUACUAGUGGCUUCUGGCCUUUAUAUAAACAACAGCUGCUAGCAAAUGGAGAGGGAAAUACAUAAUUCCUCUUCAGAAAAUGAUGGAGAAAACUGUAUCAGGACAUGCUGUGGAGUUACUGCAAAGGCAAGACAAAGCCGAUGUACAAGAAUGUUGUGCUGUAAAACCCAUCUCCUGUGCCAAAGCUGUUUUGCUCCAUUUGCACUUUAAAAAUUAAAGGAGAAAGCUUUUAAACAUUGUGUUAUCUGUCAACGUGUUCCCAUUUUUGUAAUGUGAAUCAGAGCAUACCACUGGGCAAGGUGGGAUCAUGGCCCAAAAAAUCUGUGGGUGCCUUUUUGAUCCUCAGACUAGAGCUGUGUAAAACAAUCCUUGUGGUACAAUCCUGGAGGUCUGUGCUUGAAGAUAUCAGAUGAACAAAAACCAAGGAGUGCAUUUUUUUCCCUACUGAAUUAGUUAAAACUAAUGGUGUUCCUCAGCAUGGAACAUUGUAAGUGCACCAGGAAAAUUCUAAAGAAAAAUAAAUCCAGGCCUGUGUUUAAAA